UGCCGUGCUUCCUACCCUCGCCGACAGCUCCGAUAACCCCACCGGAGAUGGAGUCAUAGCUGUCAUAGGUUACCGCAGAGGGCAAUGAUCCCUUGGGAUGCUUCUCCAGCUUUGACCGAGCGCCUUCUUUACGGUGGAGCUGCUCCCCCUCCAAGUGACGUAGGGUCUGGGCCAUGGUCCUCCGGCCUCUUAUUCAUAUUGAGGUUCCCGGUCUUCCUAAUCGUGCUACUCAUACCUUUAUUCGUGUUUCCUCAUUAUCAAUCAUCGCAGUACACUUCAUCUUCCCCCGCCCCCGCACUUGAAGACUUCCGCUUUGACUAUUCUAUCUUCCUCAACGCUUCCCACCUCGGAUCUCACUGCGCGCGAUCAUGACGGAUUUCAAAUUCGCAAACUCUUCCGAAAAGGUUCCUGGUGAUGGGAACCUCCCCGCCGAGUUCUCCAUCAAAGCGAGCCCCUCAACCGACAUUUGGGCCAAGCCUCCUUCCACAGAGUCUUUCAACGCACCCAUCCUGUACAGAAGCGUGCCAGUGCAAUCCUUCAAGAGGGCCAGGGUCGCAUUCAAUGCCCUCUGGAAACACAAGUACGAUCAGGGCGGCGUGAUCCUGGUCCUCAAUGGCGCCGAUGGAACUCGAAAAUGGGUCAAGUCCGGCAUUGAGCUUGCCAACGGCAGGCCACAUCUGAGCACUGUCGCCAAGGACCGGUGGGCAGACUGGAGUCUGCAGCCUGUGCCGUCAGGUGGCGGAGCGGCCACCCUGGAGAUCGUCCGAGAGUCGGAUAACAGCUUAUGGAUCUAUCUAGUUGAGGGCGUUCAGAAGUCUCCGCUUCGCGAGGUGACCUGGUUUUUCGAAGACACAGACGUGCAAGAUUUUUGGAUUGGACUUUAUGCAGCGAAACCUUCGAGCGAAAAGGAGGAUCUGGCAGUUAACUUCGGCCACUUGAUUAUCGAUUUGGCUGAGUGAGGGUUUCCAUAAGACCUGCGGUUGAAUGGGAUCCUGGCGUUGUCCAUAGACAUCUGAUUUAGUGUAUCUUCAGAAGCACAAAUCUCCAACAUUCUUCAUAUUGUGAGAAAGGAUAUUACUACACAUGGCUGUGCCUAUGAAGAGAAAUGGUAGGUCUGUCGCAAUCAGCGUUGGUGAAUGCAGCAUGCGUUGUGGCUGUAGUCAGCAGGUACAGGAUGCUCUCACUGUAGUUAUGCCAUUUUGACGGCCCUACCAUGACCUCGAACCUUGCAGUGUCUAGCUGAUUGGUCGUCUGACAUGCAUAGUUUGCGAGGUAUGCGACUCAUUUCCGAGGCAUUUGCCCCAAGCCCAUUUGAUGCAAGACAUCUUAAUAGUUCGACGACAGUUUCUGA